GUGCAGUGAACAAAAAUGAGCUCCGCAGAGGACCUCGAAUAUCCUCGUCUCUUAAUUCAGUACCAGAAUGGAUUUUUCAUAUCAAAGGUGAUGUUUGCUGCCUGUGAGCUGGGAGUAUUUGAUCUGCUGAGAGAGUCGGAAGAUCUCUUGACCUCAAAGGCCAUUGCAGAGCAGCUGGGCUGCAGCUUCCAGGGAAUGGAGAGGUUGCUAGAUGCCUGUGUGGGUUUAAAGCUGCUGAGAGCAGAAGUGAAAAAGGAAGGAGCAUUUUAUGGAAACACGGAAAUAUCAAAUCUCUACCUCACAAAAUCAAGUCCGAAGUCUCAGUAUCAUAACUUGAUGUACUAUUCUAAAACCAUCUAUUUGUGCUGGCACUACUUGACAGAUGCUGUGAGGGAGGGGGAAAACCAAUAUGAGAGAGCAUUUGGCAUUUCAUCAAAAGACGUCUUCGAAGCACUUUACAGAUCAGAGGAAGAAAUGAUAAAAUUCAUGUAUGGAUUGAAUGCAAUUUGGAGCAUAUGUGGCAGAGAUGUGAUAGCUGCAUUUGAUCUUUCUUCGUUCCCUGUCAUAUAUGAUCUUGGAGGAGGCGCUGGUGCUUUAGCCCAGGAAUGUGUUUCACUAUAUCCAAAUUGUUCAGUCACAAUUUUCGACCUGCCUAAAGUAGUACAGACAGCAAAGAAGCAUUUUGUGUCCUCUGAGGAACAGCGGAUCACUUUUCACGAAGGAGAUUUUUUUGCAGACCCAGUUCCAGAAGCUGACCUGUAUAUUUUGGCAAGGAUCCUCCAUGAUUGGGCAGAUGAGAAAUGUGUGCAGCUUCUCAAAAAAGUGCAGAAGGCUUGCAAAACUGGUGGCGGCGUUUUACUAGUCGAAACACUUCUGAAUGAAGACAGAAGCGGGCCUUUGGAAAGCCAGCUCUAUUCCAUUAAUAUGUUGGUUCAGACUGAAGGGAAAGAGCGGACCCCUGCCGAGUACAGCAGCCUCCUCACCGCAGCUGGCUUCAGGGAGAUUGAAAUCAAGAAAACUGGAAAGCUGUAUGAUGCCAUUUUAGGAAGAAAAUAA